AUGGAAUUGCCAUUGGAAGAUGCCAUUCGUUUGGUCUCCAUGCCCUCCAUGGGACGCUUGCGAGGGACGCAGACCUUGGUGCGGCCGGACAGUCAAAGCAUUGAACUGCAGGACGGCACCUACUUGAACGUGGUGAAUGGAACGCCAGAUGCCUCUGAGUUGUACUGCGUCGCUUGGAACUCGCAACUACUAUGGGAAGGAUGGCUCAACAACCACAAGGUAGAGGACCUUCAAGAGAAUCAGCAUACAGUUGCCAGUUGCUACAGGCUUCCAAUCCCGGAAGUCUUGAAACACACAGUACUGGCAAAGGCGAAAGAACCCUGGCAGAACGUCGAGUUCUCAGAGAACACCCUGCUAGUGGAAGAAGGAGAUUUGUUCCAAAUUUGCACCUGGCGAGAUGGCUGGGCCUAUGCAACUUCUCUGAAGGAGAGCUGGCAACUCAAGGACGACACCAUGCAGAAGUGUCGCCGUAGCGGCUGGGUGCCGAUCUUCGUCUUGGAACUUGUAGGGUCAAGCUUAUCGGUGCUGUCUGAGCACAUGGUCCAGGAGAAGUUGAGCGAAUCUGCAGUUUCUCAGCUGCACAGCUUGACGGUUGAUCAACCCCGGCCGCCUGCACUGUCGGAGGGCCGAGCGGCCGAGCUGAGCUGA